AGCGCAAAGGGCAAGAGAAAGGGAUCGCAAAAUGGAAGCAAAGAGUCUCUCAAUCUUCUCCAUCUCUUGUCUUUCCAUUCUUCUUCUUCUUCUCAUGAUCACAAACAUGGAGCCAGUCUCUUCAACCGCAACCGCAACCACAAAAGCCUCUUCCACCAGCUACAUAACUUACGUCCAAACCGCCUGCAGUUCCACCACAUACCCAGAGGACUGCUACAAUUCCCUAUCCUCCUAUGCCUCCACCAUCAAAGCCAAUCCCCAGAAGCUCUGCAAAGCUGCCUUAACCGUCACCCUGAAAGCCACGAAAAACGCCUCUGCCGUGAUUAAGUCCUUAUCAAAGAUGAAGGGUUUGCCCCCUGGUGACUCUGCCGUUAUAAAGGACUGCGCUGAUAAUGUGAAAGACUCCGUUGACCGCCUCAAGCAGUCGCUGAAGGCGCUGAAAAAUUUGCGGGGGUACGAUCGGGAGUUUCAGCUGGCUAACAUGAAGACUUGGGCCAGCGCGGCGCUGACGGACCACAUCACGUGCGCCGACGCCAUUAAUGACGGUAAUGUAAGCAGCUCGGUGAAUCGGAAGAUCAAUACGAGAAUUCGGUAUCUGGAAAGAUUGACUAGUAACCUUUUGGCUAUCUUGAACAGUCUCAAUCACUAGAACAUUAAUGUUUGGUUUUUUUAGUCCUUCAUAUAAUCUGAAUUUUCUGUUUAUCCUGUAAAUGGCUAGCUUGCCUAAUUAAAAAUGCAGUUCAUAC